CUCCUCUGCCGCUACUACAGAGGAUUCAGAGCCGAGCAGCUGAGGAGGAGGAGGCUCCAGUCCCUGCACGUCAUGCGCCACCUUACUGGACACGGGUGAGGGAGCGAGAGCGUCGCCGCUGUAGCCUCCAGAGAAGACAAGGGCAUAGCCUCCUGUUGCCUCCGCAGCCGUUUUCGCCUGCAGUGGCUAGCCGGAUCCUCAGUCUUCCACAAUGAACCCUGUUUACAGCCCCGUGCAGCCUGGGGCUCCUUAUGGCAACCCUAAGAACAUGGCCUACACGGGUUACCCUACAGCCUACCCGGCAGCGGCACCUGCCUACAAUCCUAGCCUGUACCCAACCAAUAGCCCCAGUUAUGCUCCAGCCACUCUGCUGAUGAAACAGGCCUGGCCACAGAACUCGUCUUCCUGUGGCACUGAAGGCACCUUCCACCUCCCAGUGGACACCAGGACCGAGAACCGAACUUACCAAGCAUCCUCUGCGGCUUUCAGAUAUACUGCAGGGACUCCAUACAAGGUUCCACCAACCCAGAGUAAUACUGCUCCAACCCCCUACUCCCCAUCACCCAACACCUAUCAGACAGCCAUGUAUCCAAUCAGAAGUGCCUACCCCCAGCAGAAUCUGUAUGCACAGGGAGCCUACUAUACACAGCCGGUGUACGCUGCCCAGCCCCAUGUCAUCCACCAUACCACGGUCGUCCAGCCUUACAGCAUUCCCUCUGCCAUCUACCCGGCGCCUGUUGCUGCCCCCAGGACCAAUGGCAUGGCCAUGGGCAUGGUGGACGGCACCACCAUGGCAAUGUCAGCAGGUACUCUGCUGACUACACCCCAGCACACCGCGAUUGGGGCACACCCUGUCUCCAUGCCAACAUACAGGGCCCAAGGAACCCCUGCGAACAGCUACGUGCCCCCGCACUGGUAAAACCUUCAGCCCAUCCAAAUCUGGAGUCACAAAUUGUAUGCAACUACUCAAGUCUUACACCGGUGCUGGAGCAGCUCCCUAGCAGCACCAUCUCUAUUUUCAAGAAGAGACACCAGAAGUUCAAGGGUCACUUUAUGCAUCUUUAAUGAUUUUGGUUUUUGUUUUUGGUUUUUGUAAAAGCUGCUUUUUCUAAUCUCCUGCCUUUCCCCCUAGCCCCUCUC